CUGAACCUCCAAGCCUAUUUUUUCUUCUCAAAAAUUUUAGUGAGAUUUGGGAAACGCAAUUUCUUCUAUCAGAUCUUCUCUCAGAUUUCUUCUCUCACAUAAAACUUCUAUCCAAAAUUAAUUUGUUUUCGAACAUCCCAGAACAUCAUCAGUCUCACCAAUUCAACAUCAGACAAUUUUGAGUUGCAUGACAAGAAGAGGCUGUUGCACCUUUUUUGGUGUUAUAUCAAACCUAAUUUCAGGUUGUUCACAAAUGGUGCCAUUUCAAUGACCUGAAGUGGAUUGGAUUUGCGGCUUAAAUAGUUUUGUAUCUAAGUUGUUCCUCCUGCUGAGUAUCUAAAUUGUCUUGCUGCACUUAUUCAAGCCAUAACGUUGACGCUGAAAGUAAAUUCUGGCCCAUCUACAGUUGCACGAAGAUGUGUUUGGUUUCUUAAAAAAAGACACCAACAUCUAGAUGCUUCAGAGGUCCGGUGGGAAAUAAAGACGAAUGCGCGAGAUCACAAUUGAAAAUCUCAGUUUUGCUAGAUUCAUGGAUGCAGUGAGAUAUGUCCACAGUUGCAUCUUUAACACCCCUAAUCGCACGAAGAAAGUGAUGAAAACUGUUCCAUACAAAUGGCAAUCCACUGUCCCUGUUACAUUUAUGCACAACUACAUCUAUCAAACCAGCAAUCACAGGAAGAUUGUACGAAAUAGUGUGACUGGCCCGGAAUUUGGAAUACCAUCCUCAACUACAUCCUCAACUACUGGUGAGUUUGUAACAAAGCUAAUUCAGUUAAACAAAGAGAAAAUGCAAAAACAAAGAUGGGAUGCAGCCAUGAAAGUAGAAAAUAUUCACACAUCAAAAACGAAAGGAACGAAAACAAGGAAAAAUACAUCAAAGGCCAAAAGAAGUGUGGUGCAGCGAACAACAACUAAUGGUUUGUUCUUGGACACAAAUUAUCCAUGUUUAUCUAUAUAUGGCAAGAUGGAUCGUGACUUAGAUUACGCGAUUAAACAUUUAGCAAGGAAUGGUGUUCUGAUUGACUUCCAUGAUAUGAAGACGACUGAGGACCGGCUGAUUGUGACUGAUUUGGGGAAGGAAAAAUACGUUGCUACUCCCGAGAAAGACCGGCAAAUGGGAGACAGAAUUUAUCUUAGUUUGCACUAUGGGCCUCAAUGGAAACAAAAACAUAAGAUUGUUGUACGUGCUCCUCAUUGGCGACACAUGCUCCUCAUAAACACUUUUACAUUCUCAAACGCGGUGAAGAAAAUGUACCCUACAAAUGGAAAGACGUCAAUUUCCCAUAUAUGCAACGACUAUUAAUAAAUCACAGGGACAAUCGGUGAAGUAUGUGGGCAUUGAUUUACGUACUCCAGUAUUUAUCCAUGAUCAGCUAUAUGUCGCAUUGUCUAGGUGUAGUGCUGCAAGGAGAAUUACUUUAUUGUUGACCCUCAAUGAAUCAAAGAAAGGCCGGGAUGGAGUCUUGGAAAGACAAAUAGUGGUGGUGAUUUUGUAGUCCAACAAAGGGAAGGUUUACUCCGUCCGUUUCCAUAGGUAUAGACUUAUCCACCGUCCUUUGUGUUUCCAAAAACACAAAUCCUAGAAAAUUGAAAACCGCUCAGUCCAGAUUGAACGGACGCAAAGCAACCUCCUUUUGUUUCGCCCCAUUUUGCUUAGGUGUCUUUUAUACCAGUUGGUCUUAUAACUUCCCAAGAUAUGCCAAAACUGCAAAUCGUUACGCUAUUAGUCUGAACGGCAAAGAAAAUAAGGAUUACGUUAUCUUAAAACUCAAGUUUCAGUUUGUGAAUCCGAAUAAAUUCCAUUUUCAUACAUUAUCAUCGGAUAUCGUGAAUGUAAAAAAAUAUCGGAUCGUCAUCAAAAUCAAAGUUUAAGUGAGGCGAUUCAAUCAUUUUUUCGUUCAGAUUGUUUGUUUCUCAUAGUUUCGGUUAGGAUCUGUAAGUAAUUUCUAUCAUUUUAUCUGUUAUCAUUUUCUUUUCUUUUUUGAUAAUUAUGAGAUACUGGAUCAUUUUGUAUUUGUCGAAUCUUUGAUUCGACUGUUUUGAAAUGGAAGGGAGAAUCCACAUGACGUACA